AUGGCGGAUACCGGUACUUCCGGUGGGAGAAUAGAUGAUACGAGAAUAGAUGAUACACAUACGAUGCUCACGGAUAUGUUAACAGUUCCUAAUAUAGAUCAAUCUGAAGAUGCCGAGGAUGCUGACGAGUCGGGAAAUGCUGGAGGCGUGACUGAUCAUGAGGAGCUAGCGCAGAUAAUGAAAUUAAUUAACGACAAUGAAAAUGAUCUGUAUGAGGGUUGUACCGAGUUCACCAGGUUAUCAUUUAUGCUGCGUCUUUUGCGUAUAAAGUCUCUUAGCGGAAUGGCGGAUAAAUAUUUUAAUAUGUUGCUUGUGUUGCUGAGAAAAGUCAUUCCAAAUGGAAAAGAUAGCAUACCAGAAAAUUAUGAUAACGCAAAGAAGAUUGUUUCCGUUAUAGGACUUGAUUACAAUAAAAUCGACGCAUGCCCUAAUGAUUGUAUCCUCUACUAUAAGGAUAACAAAGAUCUUCAGGAGUGUCCAAUUUGUGGAGUAUCACGGUGGGUACAACGCAAAAAUUAUUCAACACAUGGGACAACAAGGUCUAUGCUUAAGCAAAAGAAGAUUCCAGCAAAGGUCCUGCGUCAUUUUCCCUUAAUACCAAGGCUAAAACGGUUGUAUAUGAAUAAAGACACUGCUAAGCAAAUGAGGUGGCACAUGGAAGAACGUACUGAUGAUGGUAAAAUCAGACAUCCGGCUGAUGCAGAGGCGUGGAAGCAUAUGGAUAGAACUUUUCCUUGGUUUGCGAAUGAGUGCAGGAAUGUUAGACUAGGUUUGUCUAGCGACGGAUUCAACCCAUUUUGGAUAAUGAGUUCUGGUUGGUCUACAUGGCCUGUGGUAUUAACGCCUUACAACUUACCACCUUGGCUUUGCAUGAAACAACCGUAUAUGAUACUUUCAUUAUUGAUACCAGGCAAGCAUGCACCAGGCAAUGACAUAGAUGUGUUUUUAGAACCGCUAAUUGAUGAGUUAAAACAACUCUGGACUGAAGGGGUUAUGACUUAUGAUACUCAUGCAAAGCAGUCUUUCAGACUACGUGCUAUUUUACUAUGGACAAUUAAUGAUUUUCCAGCCUAUGCGAAUCUUUCAGGUUGGUCUACAAAGGGAACAUAUGCAUGUCCAGUGUGUGGUCCAGAAUUCAAAGGUCUUUAUCUGCAGCACAGUCGAAAGUUUUGUUAUUGGUUUAAUAGAAGGUGGUUGAACAUAAAACACAAGUACAGAACCAAAAAAUGGAGCAAGUUUUUUGAUGAUACUGUUGAGAAGAUAGAUGCUCCGCGUCCAUUACGUGGGGAUCAGAUUGUACAUUUGCUUGAGAUGUUCCCUGCCGUCAGGUUUGGAAAGAAGCGCUAUUCGAAAGAAGAUUUACUUGGAGUAAGGAACUUGCGUAUUAACAAAAGGAUACCAAAACGAAAGAGACAAGCACAAGUGGUGAGUGAUGGGGCUGAAGUCGUAAAAUUACCUUCAGGAUGGACAAAAUUCAGCAAUUUUUUUCAACUCCCCUAUUGGAAAGAGCUAAAAAUACGUCACAACUUGGACGUUAUGCACAUUGAAAAAAAUAUUUGUGAUAAUCUUUUGUCCACACUGUUGCAAGAUGCUAAUAAAUCAAAGGAUGAUCUACGAGCUCGUCGAGAUCUAACUGCAUUGAACAUUAGAGAGGAACUGCAGCCAAAAAAUGUCGAAAACGACCGAUUAGAGUUGCCUGCGUCUCGUAUUAUAAUGUCGAAAGUUGAGAUGCAAACAUUUUGUCAAGUCCUCAAAUCAAUAAAGUUACCAGAGGGUUACUCCGCAAACAUAUCGAACUAUGUCCAGGUGCAAGAAAGGAAAAUAUUAGGGCUUAAAACUCAUGAUUAUCACGUGCUUCUUCAUCAAUUGCUACCUGUGGCACUACGCAGUACUAUGCAGAAUAAAAAAACAGUGAAGGUUAUUAUUGAUUUUUGUGGAUUUUUCAGAAAGCUUUGUUCCAAAGUUAUAGACGCCUGUGACUUUGAGAAACUUGGAGAAAAUAUUUCUGAAACAAUGUGUGAAAUGGAGAUGCUCUUUCCUCCAUCUUUUUUCACAAUAAUGGUUCAUCUUACACAUCAUCUCGCGGAGGAGGCUGCAAUAGCAGGACCAGUCCAUUAUCGUUGGAUGUAUCCAAUAGAGAGAUAUUUGGGUUCAAUGAAGCGUCAAUUGCGUAACAGAGCUCGCCCAGAAGGUUCAAUAGCUGAAAGUUACGUGAGAAGCGAGUGUCUCUUAUUUGCCUCUCGUUAUAUGAGAGGGGAACAAACUGAACUUCAAGCACCCGUUGAUAAUAAGGAGUACACAGUUCUCUAUCCUCGCGGGCUGAACAAAAAUUAUUCUAACAUAUUGUUAGAUCAAGCGCAUGCAUAUGUUAUAAAUAAUCUUGAAAUAUUCUCGGAGUACCGGAGGUAA